AUGACCGCCAUCACAGGAAUCGCACACGUCAACCUCACCGUGCCCAGCGGCGGUCUCGAGUCAGCCAGGGACUUUUACGCGGGCACGCUGGGCUUCACGUCGCGCACGGUGCCGCAUCUCCAAAAGGACUCGCUUGCCUGGUUCGACAUCGGGACGUCGGGCCAACAAAUCCACAUCGCCAUCGGGGCCGAGAGCGAUUUCCGGUCUGCCAGCUCGAGACACGUGUGUUUCAAAAUCCAGAGUCCCGAGGCGCUCCUGGAGCUGAGGAGGAAGAUAUGGGAUCAUUUCCAACGCGGCGGGGACAGCGCGCCCCAGGCAGCCGAUCAGCCGGGUGAAGAAGACAGCGGUGAGUUACUGCUGAGCCCCCUUUCGCGUUUCGUGUUGUGUUAUGUCUGUCUACCUAUACCCUCUCCCUAUAUGGACUGA